UGUGAGAACCAGCAUUUGCACAUCAACAACCAAAUUUAGGUGUACACAGGUGAGGGUGGAGUGGGUGCAGUGGGGACUGGCUCCAGCUCCAUUUAAAGAGAGCUGGGACCAGAACAGAGACAGAAACAGGGGCAAACACACCUGCAGUCACACUCUCAUUAGGACAACCUCAGAGGCACCAUGAAACACAUUAUCCUGGUCUGCAUAGUGCUGCUGGUCGCAGUGUCUGAGCUCUCACCCGGUGAAGGGAGACAGCCAGGGCCCAGACAGGCCAAAUGCUCGAAGGGUUCCGAAAGUGGCUUGUGUCCCAAAAUUUUACAACCUGUGUGUGGGACUGAUGGCCAAACUUAUGAUAACGAGUGUUUACUCUGUAUUGAAAGCAUGAAAAAUAAUAAAAACAUCAUGAUCAUCAUGGACAGGCCGUGUCCAAUAAGAAGAAUGUGAACGGUCCGGUUCACUCACAGUUAAAAUGCUUUCUCCUGCAUUGUUUUUUGUUGGGAAACGUAAACGGCUCACGACUCUCACGCGAGGAGGACCGCUGCUUAAUGUGUAAUCGGUAGAAUUUUUUUUUGUGUUACCAGUUAACGCCAAUUUUAUGUGUAAUCCGUUAGACCGCAAUUUUAUGUGUACUCUGUAGAUCGCAACUUUGUGUACGCUGCAUAAAUAAAAUAUUCAGCAUUCAGCAA